AUGCCAGCUUUCGGGUCAAAAACAUUUCGACGAUCUACCACAGCAUCGUCAACACUUGGGGAACGCUUGGGAACGAUAUACAGAGCUAAACUGCCCAGACACCCUUUCCUCCUCUUCGGCCUGCCCUUCAUUGCCGUCAUCGUCGCCGCAUCUUUUGUGCUCACCCCGGCCACCGCCCUCCGGUAUGAACGCCACGACCGCAAAGUGCGGCAGCUCGAUCAGGAGGAGGCUAUUGCGCUCGGCUUGAAGGGCGAGAACGGGGAGGAGUCAAUCAAUAGGAACCCGCGAAGACGUAUUGUUGGUAGCGACAGGGAGGAAUACUACAAACUGAUGGCGAAGGAUCUUGAUGACUGGGAACAAACAAGAGUGAAGCGCUUCAAGGGAGAACCAGACGGGCGAUUCGAUUGA